GAUAGGUUCGGUAGCGCGGAGGGUCAAUGGUAAGAAUAAGAGCCAAAAGGGGGUUAACUGUUUAUUGUUUAGGCAAAAGCGGGUUUGGGUAGUUGGGUUUUUGGAGGGUUUUGGCUUGCAUACCGAGAGAGAGAGAGAGUUUCGUGUUCUUUUUGGGCUUUCUUUCUUUUAAAUUGUUUUCCUGCCUUGCUUUUCUGGAGAGGGAGAGCAGAAAAUGCUGGAGAAAUAGGUAGCGUUUCAAGCGACGAUUCUACAGUGAGUGAUUGAGAGAGAGAAUUAUGGGUUAGGAAAUGAGAGAUGUUUCACUGUUGGGAGGGGAUAGAGAUAGAGCAAGUGUGUCGUGAGGUGUGCUUGUGUUUGUUGCAGAAAGAAGGGCAAUUCUUCUGUGCUGUUUUCUUUUUAUUUCUUGGUAUAACUGUAUUACGCAACCAAAGGUCCUGAGUUUCGAUCUGGGCUUGCAUUACGGUGAAGGAAUUCUUUCUGGGUUGCUAGCUAGCAGGUGAGAUUUGUGAUGCUCAUCGGUUUCUUUGUCUCUCUGAUUUUUGGUACCCGAAGUGCGUUUGUUAUGGGGUUUUCUUUUGUUCCCCCUUUAAAUUUGUGUGGGUGAGAUGUGACGUUUUCGGUGGUGGUAGCUUGUUUGGUUACUGGGAAUAUUGCGAGGAAAGCGAAGCAAAGAGCCGACAGCGAUACUGGAACGUGGGGGGAAUUCGAGAAUUCGACUUCAAAAUUCCUACUUUCAUUUUUCAAUUCACUUGGCAAAGUUUAUACCGAAGUUUCUAUUCUUCUGCUCCAAAACCCUUCAGUUUUGUAUAUCUGGGUCCGUAAGAUUUAUCCUUAUUGAGAGAUGUUUGCAGAUCCUUCAAUUUUGAUCCUUCAUCUGAAUAUUUUGCAUAAUUUUUCAAAAUAAAACCUUCCUAUGUUGAUCAUCUGCUUCGGGGUUUUACUGUGGUUUUAGUUUUGUUUUUUGCGUUUCCUUCUGUCGAUCUUCUUAUUCUCUGCCUUUCUGUUUUGUCGGAUUUCACUAAGUCAGUAGUAACUUUUGUGCAUGAAAAUAACAUAGAAUUUCAUGGAAUCUAACGAUGAUCUGGCGACACUAAAGACAUGGAGUCAUUAAAACCUUCCUCAAUUCUGGUUCGGGUAUGUUUUGGUCUACAUGUGCGGAUCUCUGGUUAUGAUUUUGCUCUGUGGGGAUUCUGGGUGGGCCAAAGGGGUAGGUACAGAAUGUGGCCAAUAUAAGUCUGAUUUGAGGCAGUAGGGGCAAAUCUCAAGUCAAUGGUGUCAAAUGAUCACCUGAAGUUUGCUCAUUUCCAGUUUUUGGUUUCAUCUCAGAGGAUGCUAAAACAAUUAUUUUUGGAAUAUGGAUCUUCUAUUCUUCUUUACUGCCUAGAAAGUAGAAACAGUAUUUUCGAUUCUUCCGAGUAGUAUGAGUGUCUUGUGGUUAUCAUGCCGCUUAGGGUAACGUUAUGUCCUGUGUUUCUGGACUCCGUUUGAUGGAGAAGAUGCUCCCUUCAUUCUUUGUUCUCUUCUUUGUUUCUGUUCUGGUUAACCUUAUUAAAUUCGUUUGUUCAGGUGUGCAAGCUUUGAAAUAUAUAAACAUUUGAUGCUACAUAUUUGUUUGAUUCUCAGGUUGUUGUUGUUGGCUUCUGUUAGCUUUUUAAUUGGUCGCUCUGCCGCACGACUUUGAUAAAUAAUUGGAUCUUGAAAUGCAUCUUUCUUGGCGUUUUCACUGAGAUAUGGUGUUGAAGAGGAGGUUAGACUAUGAAUUCAAUGGCUACGAGUUUCCCCCUGUACCCAGAGCUGCCAGAUCAGCUAGGAGGAGGGUUCCCUUCAAGAAGCGGUUUCAAGAGAAUCAGAUGUGCGCCUUUGACUUGUUGGCUGUGGUAGCUGGGAAGUUGUUGCUCGAGAAAGAUACUGCUCUUGAGUCUAGUAACAUAGAGCCUAUUGACGAGUCUUCUGUAAACAAGGUACGUGAAAUUGAGGGGGAAAAUUCGGAAGCAAAAGUUCACGAUCAAGGAAGUCCUGCUAGAAGCGUCUUUGUAUCCGAGCUUCUCCAUGUCGUUCCUGAGGAAGAUCAUUGUCAUAAAGAACCAUUGUGUUGUGAGAAUGAUAAUAAUGCAGGAUUGCUCUCUCCAGCUGCAACCUCUGGUUGCAAGGAGAAGUUCUAUGGCGAUAAGGUUGUAAAUAGAGAAAUUAAGAAUGCCAUAGGAACUUUUUCUCCUAGCAAGGUGGAUGUUGGUUUCUCAGGGAACUUUGAUGAUUCUAUUGACACUAAAGUAGAUGUGAAAGUUGAACAUGACCUAAAAGAUGAGUCGUAUAAGUCUGAGAAGCUGGAAAAUGAAACUGCUGGUGGUAUGUUCAGCUCAGACAGUACAUUAUGUGCAGAUCACAUUCCUCAUUGUUUUAAUCCUGCAAAUGAGGAUGUUGUAAAUAUAGUUAGUAGUAGAGAUGAUGACGAAAACUCUUCAGGGUGUACUCAGCCUAGCACCAUGAAAAGGUUUUUUAGGCAGACUUCGCGUAUUGGAGACCGAAGAAUCAAGAAAAUCUUGGCUUCGAGAUGUUGGAAGGUAGCCUCAAGAUUGAAAGAUGCAAGCUUUUCAAACAGACAAGGCGAUUUGAAGCCCUUUUAUCAUACUGGGAAGAACUAUAAACUUGACAGAUCCGAAAGGCUAUAUCCUAUAAAAAAGAGGAGACGCUUCAGCUCUAGCUCACCAUCAAAUUCUGGUGGGAUGAUUUAUACUGAUUUAGCUCAGAAGGGCUGCAAUGGAGAUGGGUCUGCCAAUGGGUCUUUAGAGUCAUCCUCAAAUGCUGGGAAACAGGGUUCAUUCCAACCUAGAGAUUCUCAGGUGAAGCUUCGGAUAAAGUCGUUCAGGGUGCCUGAGCUUUUCAUUGAGAUCCCAGAGACUGCCACCAUUGGUUCGUUGAAGAGGACUGUGGUGGAUGCUUUCACAGCAAUACUUGGAGGCGGAGUGCGUGUUGGUGUUCUUCUUCAUGGAAGGAAGGUUAGGGAGGACCAUAAGACAUUAUUGCAGACUGGUAUUUCGCAUAGUAACCACUCUGAUGCUCUGAGUUUUAGUCUCGAGCCUAAUCCCUUGCGUAGCAAUGGUUCUGUGUGCUCUGGAGAUUUAAAUUCUGCAGUUUCCUACCAGACACCACAGCCUCUUAGCAGGUAUCCACACACUCCAAGUACAGUCCAUCAGAGUACUGGUGCUGCUUCUCCCGAGCCUCAAACGGUCAUUCUGGGGAAUUUGGUUGAAAGUGACCAUGACUCUGCUCCUUCCCCUACAGACAACAUAAUUGCUGGAAUCAGUAGCGAUCUAAAAGAUAUGUUGGCGGUACCAGCUAUGAAUGCAGCGGCAGGUUCUUUAGCUGUGGUUUCAGCCAACCGGAAAUCCAAGCGAGCUGAGAUGGCUCAGCGCCGAAUUCGUCGACCUUUCUCUGUUUCUGAAGUUGAAGCAUUGGUGCAAGCUGUUGAACAACUUGGAACUGGGAGAUGGCGUGAUGUCAAAGUUAGAGCUUUUGAUCAUGCAAAGCACCGAACUUACGUGGAUUUGAAGGAUAAGUGGAAAACACUGGUCCAUACGGCAAGAAUAUCUCCGCAACAAAGGAGGGGAGAGGCAGUACCCCAAGAACUGCUGGACAGGGUCCUAACUGCUCAUGCAUAUUGGUCCCACCAACAACAGCUCAAUCAGCAGCAACUCUCAGACUCUUGUACUUUUCCUGCUCCUCUGCUAGCUAUGCCUUAAAGACAGUGGAUUAGCUGCUGAAGACCCCAAUUCAGGUUAGCUGGUUUACAAGGGAAUAUGUAGAAAGAUCACUCUAUAUAAAGGCAAGGGAUGACAGUUGUGGGAGGGUAUUUGGUAUUUGGUAUUCUAGUAUUUGAUAUUUUGCAGUUAUUUCUCAUGGUUGAUUCUUUCCCUUGUUGGAUUGGUUUGACGAAUGUAAAUUGAUGACAUUAAGAAUAAGAGCUUUUGGCUGAC